AAGCAAGCCUCUCGCAAUUGGUUUGCUAAACUUUCUAGUGCGUUACUGGAGGUGGGUUUCUUGAGUUCUACUAUGGACCCUUCACUUUUUACUCGGAUUAAUGGUGGUAUUAAACUGUUUGUCCUUGUAUAUGUUGAUGAUAUCAUAGUUACAAGGAAUGAUGUAGCUGCUAUUUCCUCUCUUAAGUCAUUCUUGCACAGCAGAUUCCAUAUGAAAGAUCUUGACAUUCUUCGUGAUUCCGGGUACAUGGGUUGCAAACCUUGUGCAUUUCCCAUGGAUCAAAAUAUCAAGCUUGAUACAUCUUCUGGUGAGUUGUUGUUUGAUCCAUCACUUUAUCGUCGGCUUGUUGGUCGACUUUUAUAUCUCAUUGUCACACGGCCGGAUAUCACAUAUGUUGUUAAUCUUCUUAGUCAGUUCAUGCAUGAACCAUGGCACCCUCACUUGGAUGCCGCCAUUCGAGUUUUGUGUUAUCUCAAGUCCACACCUGGUCAUGGUCUUCUCUUACCAGCCUCUGGAACUCUUCAACUCACAGCAUACUGUGACUCAGAUUGGGCUUCUUGUCCCAUAACAAGACGGUCUACUACUCAUUAUUGUGUUUUUCUUGGUGGCAGUCUUAUUUCCUGGCGUACCAAAAAGCAGCAUGUUGUCUCUCGUUCUUCUACCGAAGCAGAGUAUCGAGCCAUGGCGUCUGUUACUUGUGAACUUACUUGGCUUCGAUCCUUACUUCAUGUUUUGGGUAUUUCACAUCCUCAGCCUUCCUUGCUUUCCUGUGAUAACCAGGCUGCUCUUCAUAUUGCAGCUAAUCCUGUUUUUCAUGAGUGCACCAAGCAUAUUGAGAUAGAUUGUCAUCUAGUUCAUGAAAAAUUACAAGCGAGUCUUCUAUCUACUGGGUAUGUUUCUUCACUUCAACAAUUGGUAGAUUUCUUCACUAAGCCUCUUAGUAAAAACCGCUUUCAUUUUUUACGAGGCAAGUUGGGCCUUUACUCCAUUCAGGCUCCAACUUGAGGGGGAGUCUUAAUGUGGUUUUGAUUCUGAUGAGGAUUCUGCAACAGUUUCUGAAAUAGAGGAUUCUAGAACAGAUUUUUGAUGCAACAGAUUUUAAUUUUGAAGCAGUUUGUUUUGCUGUUUUGACUUUUUGUUUAGAUAAAGAUAAGGAUUAGCU